GAGGAAAGUAAACAGUUUCGUGCCCUCGCCUUAUCUCCCCCGAUGCACGCGCGCAGCCGGGUAACUCCGUGACAAGUUGCCCAGAGGGGCAGAAGAGAGGCAAUCAGAUGCAGCCGAGGGCAGGUUGCACUCCAGUUAUGAAGGCGAAACACAGAAGGCCUGAGUCUUUCUGUUCACAGAGCAAGACAAAAGGAUGACAUGUGAUCACCUGAACCGAGUCUUGGUCAUUUGCAUGUUACUCUGCGCCCAGGCAGCGGUCACCGUCCCCGGCGCAGAGGAUUUCCAAAAGAAAGUGUCUCUGGUGCUGCACGAGGAGUCAGAGAACCCCAAGUGCUUCGCUGAGGGCAAGACGGAUCUCACAUGCUUCUGGGAGGAGGACGAGGAGAGGGCCGGCUCUGUUGAUCAGUACACCUUCACAUACACCUACCAAAAUGAAAACAGCAGCCGGUGUCCAGUGAGCGUCCUCACCACAGUGGGUGGUAAAAGGCUGUACGUGUGCCAGCUUAACCAGACACAGCUGUUCGUCCAAAUGGACAUCCAAGUGCACCGGGACAGUCUGCUGAUCCAUAGCCGCAGCCUCCUCAUUGAGCUUGCUUUUCUGCUAGACCCACCUACUAAUGUGACGGUGAAGAGCACGGAUCAGCAGGGUCAGCUGAAGGUGACAUGGGUGCCCCCUCCCCUCAAGUACAUGAUUGACAGCAUGAUGUACGAGGUCAGCUACGCUACGGCCGACAGCAACGUGGGACUGGUGGAGGUGGUACAUGCCAGGUCAGAGCUGAUGCUGCGAGGCCUGCAGCCCGGUACCCAGUACAAUGUACGUGUUCGAGUAAAGCUGGAUGGACUAAGUUACAACGGCUACUGGAGCACCUGGACUGACCCCGUCUCCUUGAACACACUGCCUGCAGACGUGGACCCACUCAUUGUGUCCCUGACUCUCAGCUCUCUCAUCUUCGCUCUGCUGUCGCUCGCCAUGCUCCUGUCUCAUCGCAGGUUCCUGACCGAGAAGAUUUGGCCCGCCAUUCCAAACCCUGAGAGCAAGUUUCCAGGUCUAUUUACUGUUUAUGGCGGGGACUUUCAGGAAUGGUUAGGCCAGACCAAUGGAGGCUUGUGGUCGAGUCCAACUAUUUUCUGUACUGAAGAAUGCCCCUCCGCCCUGGAGGUCCUCUCAGAGGUCAGCUUGAGCCCCCUACCCCCCUUCCCAGUUCUGCUACCCAAGGCCCCUAGGGCCUUUGCCAUGGGGGUGGAGGAGGAGAAGAAAGAUGAUGGGAGAAAAAUAGAGGAUAAAACGUUGAGAAGGGUAGAUUCAGCACUGCUGGACAGAUGGAGAGAGAUGCCCCAUGACCAUUGGCUGAUGGACCAGUUAAGGGCACUCAACCAGCAUCCUGUUCCCUGCUCCCAGUCUUCUCUGCUGGAGUCCCAAGAUGCCUAUGUCACCCUCAGCGGCAACAACCACGGUGGAGACGAGCACCUGGAUGACAUCCUUGAGGAGACCUUGCCUCUGGAGAUACUCUUCGCGUCCAGGGGGAAACUGUCAUCUGAAUCUCACUCUGACCUGGGAUCUUUACAGCAGAGCUCCGGGUCAGGUCGCCUGUCAUCCCAGUCCAGUUUUGAGUACCCAAACCACACCUGGCCCCCCAAAGGCCCCGGGUACACUUACAUGGCCGUGGCAGACUCUGGGGUCUCUAUGGAUUACAGCCCCAUGAGCUCCAGCCGGAUAGAAGACAUUGGGAAAGUGGUUAUCUAUGCCAACGAGUAUAAGAACGAGAUCCCAGCCCACAGAAGACCCUUGCUAACAAGGCAGCAUCAUGUUGACUAUGGCUGUUGACCAACCGCUAGGUGAGGCAGGAGGCUGCAAACUGACUGAGACUUGGACAUGGAGCAGGUUACAAAAGAAUCUAAAGGAAAUUUGGAUUAUUCACCAAAGCUGCAAAGGCUUUCAGUGGCUGCCCCUUGCAAGAGGAAUAAGAAAAUGAGUUGGUCUCUCAUUGAGUUGUCUCCAAGCAUGUGCCAUUAAAGGCCAUUUGUGCCGAGGUCUUCAAUCCAAUUAAACAUCACACUGACUGACUUCAGUACUUGGUUUCACUACCGCUGAUUGAAGCUGUGCUAACUGGAUGGUGUAGUGUCAAAACAUGCAUACACAUGGCCCUCGAUGGGACACAACUGGACAUGAAGGCUAUCACCAUAACAUAAGCUAAAAUUACCCAUGAGAAGUUUUGUUUGACAUGGACACGUUUCUUCUUCUGCAACAUCUGUCUUGUGGCAACAUAAGCUUCCAUCCACGUGGGACAAUAUCGUUUCAUGCAAAUGGCCGCUGUGAGUAACACCAAAACACUGAUAUUGUGAUGCCAAUGUAAAUGUCUGUGUAUCCAUCAUUGUAUCGUGUACAGUAUAAUCUGUUGGUAAGUUCAUAAGGUUUUGUUAUCUUAGUGAAGUAUAAGUUAACACAGUGAACUUAACAAGUUAUUGGCCGAUAAGUCAGCUGUGUGUGUACUGGUACUAUUUUGGAAGUAAACUAUCAAGUUAAAAUGCCGACUCUCAACUUUAACGUGAGGUUACUUCAAAUCAUACCUGAUGAAAGAAUGGGACUUGAAUAAGGGACAUUCAAAAGGGCUUUGGCUCCUUAUCUGAUAUACCCGAAAAUACUCCCAAGUUAAAUAUCCCCAAGAUAAAGUGGACAGACUUCACUUUAAACCGCGUUAUUUUAUCUGUGUCCAGUUCCCGGAGACACUUAUAAGCUUUGUAAAUACAUCAUGAAUGAUUUGUCUGUUAUGUGAUGUGAAUAAUUUCAGAAAAAUAAUCACAUCACUGAAUUUUUUUUUUACCAUUUCUUCGACAUGAAACUCUGCAUUAAAUGAAAAGAUGUCUACUGUAAGAUGUACAGGAAGGCAGAAAAAUAAUGCUGUUUUUCUGUUUUUGUCAACUAAAGAGGAUGAGAAUUAGGAAAAUUAGUUCCAGAGUUGCCAAGACGUCUGCUUGUUACCAUCUUUCUUCUUUCACCGAGUACAGUACAGAAUGCAUGUCUAUAUCUAAAGAAUGUUAAAAAUCAAACAUCUGAAUUCGUCACAAAACUGGAGUACAACUAUAAAUAAUUUUCAAUUUUCUUUUUUUUUUAGCUUACAAAGAAAUGUCCUUGACACAAUUAAGCUUGACAAAACCUUGACACCAAAGCAGACUAAUGAGUCAUGUUUAGCAAAGUACAACACGUUAAUGUAUGCAGUAUUGAAAAUCAGCAAUCGGCAUCCUAAACUAUAGCCAGCCUGUGGCUAGUUUACACUUUUGCAAAAUUAAGUGCAAAAACUUACGAGAUUGACUAUGAAGGGGAAAUAUUCAAUUGAAACCCUGCUCAGUAUAGUGGAACCAUAUCACGCUUACAAAAAAACAAAAAAAUCAAAACCACAACUCCAGAGCUAGUUGUUACAAGUUUUUCAUUUGAUGGUUAUACAACUUUUGUCCUACAAAUCUUAACUACAAAUGAUACUCUGUCUUGAAAAUCAUUUGAAAUGACUUUAACUUCAUAAGCCAUUCUUCCUCAAAACUAAAAGUAACUCUAAUUUCCACGUUUUUAUCAGAUUUUAAAGCACUGGUGUUAUUGUGUAUAUAGAAUACUGAGGUUAAAUGUCUCGUGUAAGCGAUUUUAAAAAAUACAGGUUGUCAAAUUCUGUGUUCAUAUUUGUAAUUUUAAUGAACAUGUUCAUUAACUCAUGUCAUUUAAAGUUUAAAUCUAUUAAACAUUUUCAUACAAUCUACAGCUGC